AGUGCUGCAGGGCAGCGGGGUAGUGCAGUGCUUACAGUUACGGUCAUUAUUGAUGUAUAGGAUGGACGAAGCGCAGUUCUAUUCCCAACGGGAGACGCACUCAAUUGCUACCGUCCAGAGAAAGGGGUUGCGAUCGACACUCGUCAGUCGUGUAUUAACCAAAGCCAUGGGAACAUCGCGCUUCAAAUUUGUUCUACUGCUUGUGGCCGGUUUGUUCUUGCUAGCCCUGCAAACUCUUGCCGCCGUGAUUGACAGUCGCGUCGAUCAAUACGCACUCGGAAUUAGUGGUAGUGAUAACAGUGAUUCGUGCAAAUUACCAGACGGUUUGCUGGAGGAGAUCAAAGGCUAUCAGCCGAUUGUGGACAAAAUCGUAGCGAAGAUCGUUGAUGGCGAAUUCGCGGGUCAGACGUGGCAAAGUUUGGCAGAUUUGGUGGACACUUUCGGUGCUCGACCAGCGGGAUCCGAUCAGCUGGAGAAGGCAAUUGAUUAUGUGCUGGAGAACAUGAAGCAAGAUGGGCUGGAGAAUGUGCACACGGAGAACGCUACGGUUCCGCAUUGGGUGCGAGGGUUUGAAAGCGCGCAGCUUGUGGCACCAUUCAAGAAGAACUUGGCUCUGCUGGGUUUGGGCGGAACGGUUGGGACUCCACGGGGCGGAAUCAUAGCAGAUGUGGUUGCAGUAGAAUCUUUCGAAGAGUUCAAACAACUCACUCCCGAUGAGGUGAAAGGGAAAAUCGUGGUGUUUGUCCCGAAGUGGGAAGGGUACGGCAAGACAGUGGUCUAUCGAGGACAUGGAGCUUCGGUGGCUUCGAAGAAAGGCGCCGUGGCAUGUUUGAUCCGAUCAAUCACGCCCUUCUCAAUUGGUUCUCCGCACACCGGUUGGCAGAGUUACGAAGAUGGCGUUAAAAAGAUCCCAACGGCGUGUAUCACGGUGGAAGACGCGGAAAUGAUUUUGAGGAAGUAUCGUAAGGGAGAGAAGAUGACAAUUCAUCUGGAAAUGGAGGAUCGAAACUUUGACCCUUUUGUGUCUCGCAAUACGAUCGCGGAACUCCAAGGUACGACGUAUACGAAUACAUCGGUGGUGGUCGUGUCCGGUCAUUUGGACAGCUGGGAUGUGGGAGUGGGGGCGAUGGAUGAUGGAGGUGGUGCUAUGAUUUCAUGGAAAGCAUUGACCUAUCUGAAAGCGAUGGGGCUGCGAGCAAAGCGAACGAUUAGGGCUAUUCUAUGGACCGGAGAAGAAGAAGGCCUGCUGGGAGGCCAAGCUUAUAAGGAAGCCCACCUGGAGAAUGAGAGAAAAGAAUUCAACUUUUUCUUCGAGUCGGACAUGGGAACAUUUGAACCUAGGGGUUUGGAUUUCACCGGGAACAAAGAAGCAGAAUGCAUUUUCCGGGAAGUGGUCAAGCUCAUGACUGCGCUGAAUGCAACUGAAUUUGGCACGCCUGCCGAUGGUGGACCUGAUAUAAGCCAUUGGACUAGCAGGGGAUUCCCCGGCGCUUCGCUGUUGAACAAAAAUGAAAAGUAUUUCUGGUUUCAUCAUUCUGCCGGGGACACAAUGGCCGUUGAAGAUCCGAAGAGUUUGGAUAAGUGUGCGGCAAUUUGGGCGGCUGCAGCAUAUGUGAUUGCCGAUUUGAGUGUAUCAAUGCCAAAAGAUGUAGAAUAAAUUUUGAUGUCCGUGCUAAGCAUCACAAAUAAAUAUGUAAGAAACAAAA